AUGGAGGUGGACCCACAGGCCGCGGGGCAGCAGGAGCCGCGAAGCGGAGGGCAGCAGCAGUCGCAGAGCGGAGAGCAGCAAUGGCUGCAGGCUGGGGGGCAGCAGGCGUUGGUGACGGAGAUGGAGGUGGAGUCACACGCCGGGGGGCAGCAGGAGCUGCAGAGCGGAGGGCAGCAGCAGCUGCGCAUCGAAGGGCAGCGGACGCUGCCGAGUGGAGGGGAGCAUCCAAGGAAAGGGCAGCCGGAGCUGCCGGGAGAACGCCAGCUGCCGGCGAGGGAGAAGCAAGCUGCAGACGUGGCAAUGGCCGAGCUAUCACGAGCCCAGGAAAUCCCACGAGAGGAGCGGCAGGAGCUGCAAACAGAAGGGCGGCGGGAGCUGCCGGCGCAGGGUCAGCGGAAGGUCGCGAAUUCGGAUGCUGUAAGCCAAGCGAGCAGAACCCGGGCACGGGGCCGAGGCGGGAGCCGACGUUCCUGCAAAUCGCAAGGGCGGAUUGGAAGCGGGGCUGCCGCACAGCAGGCGGAGGGGCAGCCGGGAGCGCCCGGUGCACCCCAGGGAGAGCGGCAGGCAGGGGGGCAGUCGAGGGCGCCCGGUGCACCCCAGGGAGAGCAGCAGGCAGGGGGGCAGCCGGGGGCGCCCGGUGCACCCCAGGGAGAGCAACAGGCAGGGGGGCAGUCGAGGGCGCCCGGAGCACCCCAGGGAGAGCAGCAGGCAGAAGGGCAGCUGAGGGUGCCCGGUGCACCCCAGGGAGAGCAGCAGGCAGGAGGGCAGCCGGGGGUGCCCGGAGCACCCCAGGGAGAGCAGCAGGCAGGGGGACAGCCGAGGGUGCUCGGAGCACCCCAGGGAGAGCAGCAGGCAGGGGGGCAGCUGAGGGUGCCCGGAGCACCCCAGGGAGAGCAGCAGGCAGGAGGGCAGCCGGGGGUGCCCGGAGCACCCCAGGGAGAGCAGCAGGCAGGGGGACAGCAAGAGCUGCCCGGAGGUCAACAGGCGUUGGCGGCAGAGAUGGAGGUGGAGCAGGGGGUCGGGGAGCAGCAGGAGCUGCAGGCUGGGGGGCAGCAGGAGCUGCAGGAGCUGGAGGUGGAGAUGGAGGAGCCGCAAGAGGAGGCGCGAGGGGAGCUGCCGGUACGCAUGCAGGACGGGAGUCAAACAGACAAUCAACCCCAGUCGCAGGCAGGGCGGCAAGGGUGUCAUGAGGGGAACCAGCCCUUGCUUGGAAGCGUGCAACAGGGGUUGCCGACGAGUGAGUCGCAGGAGUUGAAGGUGCAGAAUCAGCAGGGGGUCACUAGCCCGGGCGGCACAGGCCAAGCCGAAGGGUCGCGGGCACGGCGCCGAAGGGGGCGACGACAGGGAGGGCAGCGGGAUGGGGGCCAGCCGGGGGCGACCCGGGCACCCCAGGGAGAGCAGCAGCCAGGGGGGCAGCCGGGGGUGACCGGAGCACCCCAGGGAGCGCAGCAGUCAGGGGGGCAGCCGGGGUUGACCGGAGCACCCCUGGGAGCGAAGCAGUCAGGGGAGCAGCCGGGGUUGACCGGAGCACCCCUGGGAGCGAAGCAGUCAGGGGAGCAGCCGGGGUUGACCGGAGCACCCCUGGGAGCGCAGCAGCCAGGGGGGCAGCCGGGGGCGACCGGGGCACCCCAGGGAGAGCAGCAGGCAGGGGGGCAGCCGGGGGUGACCGGGGCACCCCAGGGAGAGCAGCAGGCAGGGGGGCAGCUGGGGGCGGCUGGAGCACCCCAGAGAGAGCAGCAGCCGGGGGUGACCCGAGUGCCGCAGGGAGAGCAGCAGCCAUGGGGGCAGCCGAGGGUGACCGGAGCACCCCAAGGAGAGGAGCAGCCAGGGGGGCAGCGGGGGGCGACCGGAGCACCCUGGGGAGAGCAGCAGCCAGGGGGGCAGCCGGGGGUGACCGGGGCACCCCAGGGUGCGCAGCAGUCAGGGGGGCAGCCGGGGGUGACCGGGGCACCCCAGGGUGCGCAGCAGUCAGGGGGGCAGCCGGGGGUGACCGGGGCACCCCAGGGUGCGCAGCAGUCAGGGGGGCAGCCGGGGGUGACCCGAGCACCUCGGGGAGCGCAGCAGCCAGGGGGGCAGCCGGAGGUGACCCGAGCACCCCAGGGAGAGCAGCAGGCAAGGGGGCCGCCGGGGGCGACCGGAGCACCGCAGAGAGAGCAGCAGGCAGGGGGGCAGCCGGGGUUGACCGGAUCACCCCAGGGAGAGCAGCAGCCAUGGGGGCAGCUGGGGGUGACCGGGGCACCCCAAGGAGAGGAGCAGCCAGGGGGGCAGCGGGGGGCGACCGGAGCACCCUGGGGAGAGCAGCAGCCAGGGGGGCAGCCGGGGGUGACCGGGGCACCCCAGGGUGCGCAGCAGUCAGGGGGGCAGCCGGGGGUGACCGGGGCACCCCAGGGUGCGCAGCAGUCAGGGGGGCAGCCGGGGGUGACCGGGGCACCCCAGGGUGCGCAGCAGUCAGGGGGGAAGCCGGGGGUGACCCGAGCACCUCGGGGAGCGCAGCAGCCAGGGGGGCAGCCGGAGGUGACCCGAGCACCCCAGGGAGAGCAGCAGGCAAGGGGGCCGCCGGGGGCGACCGGAGCACCGCAGAGAGAGCAGCAGGCAGGGGGGCAGCCGGGGUUGACCGGAUCACCCCAGGGAGAGCAGCAGCCAUGGGGGCAGCCGGGGGUGACCGGGGCACCCCAGGGAGCGCAGCAGUCAGGGGGGCAGCCGGGGGUGACCGGGGCGCCCCAGGGAGCGCAGCAGUCAGGGGGGCAGCCGGGGGUGACCCGAGCACCCGAGGGAGAGCAGCAGCCAGGGGAGCAGCCGGGGGUGACCGGGGCACCCCAGGGAGUGCAGCAGUCAGGGGGGCAGCCGAGGGUGACCCAAGCACCCGAGGGAGAGAAGCAGGCAUGGGGGCAGCCGGCGGCGACCGAAGCAUCCCUGAGAGAGCAGCAGCAAGUGGGGCAGCCGGGGCACAGUGGCGGAGCACCCCAGGGAGAGCAGCAGCCAAGGGGGCAGCCGGGGGUGACCAGCGCACCCCAGGGAACGCAGCGGCCAGGUGGGCAGCCAGGUGCGACUGGUGGAUCCCAGGGAGAGCAGCGGCCAGGGGGGGAGCUGAUGGACGACCUGGAGCAGCAGUUGGUGGAGUGGAGCCGACUUUUGGAGUUAGAUACUCCCAUGGCGACUGCGGAGGAACCAGAGGAAGACGGGGAGCCUCCCAUACCGCCUUCCCUAUGCCCUCGUUUUCCAUGUGACACGUGUUUUCACACGUUCGCUACGAGAGGGGCCGCUGCGAACCACAUGAGGGCAUGCAGGGCGGCUGAGGCGGAGAGGCGCGCGCAGGCACUUGGCUCGAUCCCGUCCCUGGUGGAGACCGACACGCAGGAGAGACCGACGCCGCGGGACUUUGGGGACGAGGCGUGGGCCGGGGUUACGUUAUGGGAGUGGGAAGCAUUUUUCAGUGUGGAGGCGGUUGGAGGGAGGACAGUGCGCCGGAUCCCACAGCGGGCCCGGGCGGGGGUCUUGGACGCGCUCUGUUGCAUCUUGAAGCGUUUGAAGAACCGACCGGGGGAUGAAGCCGCUACCCUCCUGCUCUUGGCGUUUCCGCGCCUCAUCCUAGCCGUGCCUCCCAAGCCAGGCAUAGGUCAGAAGGCGCUGAUAAUAGAGCGGCUGGGGGCGUUCUGGGAGGGGAGGUGGCGGGAGCUGUUCGACUCUGCCAUGGCAGCGGCGCGGCCAGCAGUUCGUCCACUCGCCUACACUUGUUCUGACCAGGACCCGGAUGCCAUCCGCCUGUCACGCUGCCGAGCUCGGUGUAAAGUGGGAGAGUGGAGUCGUGGACUGGCUUGCCUUACAGCAGGAGAGUUGGCGCGACCGUCUGAGGCCAUGGUGCAGUCGCUGCAAGAGAAGCACCCUGCUAGCACUGGCGAGGACAGGUCCCCGAGCGGGCACGGCCCUGGCUCGCCGCAUCCAACCUAG